GUCAAUGGCGAAGGGAAUCCAGAUCCGGCGUCGACGAGGAUUGCUUCGUCGCCUUUCCAGCGAUUCCUUCCAGCCAUCCGCCCGCCAUUAAGCUGCAAUACCCAUCAAUUUCGCUUUCUCUUCGAAAUUAUCCGGCACUGUGUGGUCUACUGGGAGAAGAAGAGUCCAAAGCUCCUCCGUUACUGCAAUUCUUGGGUGAAGAAAUCCGAGAGGGGGUCUAUUUGAGUAUUGUUUUGUUAUCGUGCUGGAGCAAUGGCUUUAAACCAAACCCUGAAAAUUGCUCUUACUUUGUCCUUCUUCGGGGCCCUCUCCUUCAUAUUUGGUGUAGUUGCUGAAAAUAAAAAGCCUCCAUAUGGAACCCCAAUUAACGGAAAGGGUGUAGUCAUCUGCAAGUUCCCUAGUGAUCCAACAAUUGGGUUGGGAAGUUUAUCUGUCGUCAUGCUCUUUUUGACAGUUAUCAUUGGUCAUGUAGCUGUCUAUUUUCCAUACGAAGGGAAGUCUGUUCCACAACAGUCUUUGUUCCGCAGCAGUACAUUGGUUGUAUUCUUUGCUAUUGCAGAAAUCUUGUCAGCUCUAGCAAUGGGGUUGAUGAUGUGGGCAACCAUCACUGAAGGCCUUAACCGUGUACACAACAUUCACCAUGAUCUUGAAACAAAGUGCCCCACUGCCAAGACUGGCCUCUUUGGUGGUGCUGCCUUCCUUUCACUUGAUGCAGUCCUCCUUUGGCUUGUCUGCCAGAUGCUGACCCUCAAUGCCAGAGCUGAUUACCUGGACGAGAAUGAUCCUAAAGGCGAAUAUGGACAGGUUUAUGGCGCCGAUUACAAUUCUAGUGGGGCUGACCCUCCGCAUUCCAUGGCGUGAGAACUUAAUAUUGCAUAGGAGAACAAGCACUUGCAUUGGCUAGCAACUCCUUUACUGUUUACAUCAGGGCAUAGAUUUGAUAGUUCACGUAUGUAACUAUGUUCUUCAUCCUGUAUCAGUGUCACGACUAGUUGUAAGGUGCUAUCUUGCUCCUAAGAUCCUGGUUUGCAAUGCGUUUGUGCUGGAUUUGCAUGUUUGCUAUACCAGUAGGUUUUAAAAAGUUUGGAAGAUGACAAAUUUCUCUUUUUAA